GUGUGCGAAAGAUACAUACAAUGAUGAACCUAAAUUACAAAUGCAAGCAGAUCUAUACAUGAAAAAGAAAUCAUGAGUUGCUUAGAGGAACUUGAGGAAAAUGUAAAAAAGCUUGUAGUACGUCUAAGAAACGUUGAAGAGGGCAAGCAGAUUGAAACACUUUUCCAGAUAUUGGACGAUCUAUACAUUUACACGUUCUGUGAUUCUGCUCACGAAAUCUUCAAUGACAAGAAUGUGCACUCACCACUGCUAUUGGUUUUGGAAUCCUACACGAAGGUUGAAAUUAUACAAAAGGUGGGAUGGUCUCUUUUGAGUAGAUUAAUUGAAGUUUGUCCUGGCACGUUGAAUAGUUUACAGACACCUAUUGACCUUGAUCGUGAAUGGGAUGUACUUGGUGUUCACCAACAAAUUCUCAAAGUUCUCUCAACUUAUCUUACAAAUGUCAGCAUUUUGGCCAUUGGUCUGAAAGUCUUAAGUACUAUCCUUGUUUCAGAUGUAAUCAAUUUUCUCCUUUUGGAUCAUGAAGAAGAUAUUUUUUUAUUGAUUUGUAAGGCUAUGAAAAUCCAUCCUUAUGAACAAGAAAUUCAGUUAUACGGAUGCAUAGCAUUAAAGCAGCUUUUAAUGAAAGUGCCUGAACAACAGUUGAUAGAAUUUGUUGAAAAUGAAGAUCAUUUAAUCAUCUUGAAAACCCUGACUGAGUUUAAAGAUUCAGAAGUUGUUGUUCUUCGAGCCUUGCAGGUGUUGCUUUCAUUGGCUGAUCCAUCGAGCAAUGCAGAAGUACUUAUGUCUGGAAAUGUAAGGUGUUACAACUUAAUAAUGGAUGCUAUGAAGACAUUUCCAAACAAUGAGGAAAUUCAAGAAGUUUGUUGUUCCUUAUUUCAGAAGCUGACAUUUGAAAGUGUUUUUAACAUCCUUGUUCUAAAUGAAGCCCAUGAAUUCAUCAUAAAGGCAUUGAAAAUAUUUUGUUCAAAUGCCAGACUGCAAGUAGCUGCUCUCAGUUGUCUUGCCCUACUCACUGAGACAAUAUUUUUGAACAAAGACUUGGAGGAUGGAAACAAUGUGGAGGUUGAUGGUAGGCAAUUAUAUUGGUUUGAAGAUUCCUUUAAAGCAUUAAAAUUGCACAAGAAGAACAUAGAAGUCCAGGAAGCUGCUUGCUGGGCCUUAAACAAUCUGUUUAUGUACCACCCUCAACUGCAAGCACAUGUCGGAGAUGACGAAUCUCAGUAUCCAAUUCACAGGGAAGUGAUGCUUUCUAUGUUGAUGCAUUCUUCAUCAAAGGAGGUUUUCCAGGCAACGACAUCUGCUUUAGCAACACUGUCAGAACAUAAUGUGGCUAUUCGAAAGAUUUUGUUGGAGAAAGGCGUUCAUGUCAAUGUGCUUGAUCUAAUGAAGAAGCACAUAAAUGUCCCUGAAGCUGCAGAAUGUGCCUGUAGAGUUCUAAAUCAGCUCUUUAUUGGAAGUUUUUUUAAUUUAGAUGUAAUGACAGUGGCUUUAAGAGGUGUGAUAAGUGCAAUGAAGAAACAUGAGAAAGUCUCCCGUGUUCAGCUGGAGGCUCUACGGGUCAUGUUAAAGAUUAUGUUUGAUGAUGCAACAUUCAAUACGCAAAAUGAUGUCCAUUCUUCAGAAAUAACCUUUUCAAAUCUUCCACGGAAAGUUAUAAAGAACCAAUGUUUACUGGAAGGAACACACAAGUUAAUUUUGCAAGUUCUGAACAAAUUCAUUUGGAACCCUGCAAUCCAGGAGUGUGGACUGAAGCUUCUUGGAUGUUUAUUAGAAUGCUCUGGGGCUCUGGAACUGCUUUCAGAACUAGGUGCUAUAGAUACUGUUUUGCAUACUCUUCAGAUGUACCCAGGAAACCAAGAAAUCCAGUACUUUGGUUUAUCUCUCUUGUCACAUUUGGUUACCAAAACUAAUGUGCGCAUUGCAACAAUGCACCUUUUGUCAACCCACCUAGUUUCUGCAAUGCAACGGUAUAAGGAUGUUGUCCAGAUACAAGAGGAGGGUUUUCGUACUGCAAUGAUGUUAAUGAAUGUAUCACACAGUUUUGCAGAACGUUUAGAACUGGAGGAUUUUGAUACUGUACUUUUCUACCAAGUAUCUAUGUGUUUGGCUAACAAACGGGACCAAAAGUUUCAGAGUCUGUGUUAUGGAUGCCUUGCUGAAAUUACUUCAGAGGAUGAUUUAAAAAAUAAAUUAUUAGUGAAAGCAUGCACUGAAAAUGACAUUGUCUUAGUGGAAUGUCUACUUUUGUUAGGGGCAGAUGUCAAUAAAAAACUCAACCAUACGUCUUUAAUCAAUCAGGUUUGCGAAAAAGGGAACAACCUUAAGCUUGUUGAACUAUUGUUAAAUAAUGGUGUUCGUGAGCAAGAUGCUCGAGAGGCUCUGCGAGUUAGCAUUCAGAAGUGUGAAAAUGAGACUGUCAGUUUGCUAUUAAAAAAGUUGGGGUUAGAUUUGGCCAAUAACAGUAUCUGUCUUGGAGGUUUUCAUCUAGGAAGGAUAGAACCUUCAUGGCUCACUCCACUGUUUACAGAAAAACAACUGACACUAAAGCAACCAUCCAUAAGCCAAGAAGGAAAGAAGGAUCUAGGCCCUGUUUUGGCAAGGAUGGUUUUCCGAUACCAGAAGAAGAAUAUGCCAGGUGAAGGUUGUAGAAUUUCAGGAGAAUUAAAUGAAGAUCUAUAUAAAGGAAAUGAAAACCCAUUCUCACCUGAAGUGUUUAAUGAUGCAAAAUUCCUAUUUGGAGAUGACCCAGACAGUGAAGGAAGUGAAGGGCCCAUUGCAGUGAAAAAAUCGAAUUCCUUUGAAAUUCACAAAGAAAGAUCACUGUUCAAUCAUGGGAGUUCACCAUGGCAAAGACAUUCCAGCUCUUUGGGAGCAUGUGGAGAUGAAUCUAGGUUUAGAAAAAAGGAGUUUCUACAAAACGAUUACCAAGGUGGAACACCAAAGAUUGCAUUAUUCAUGCGGCGGGCAGAUAGCUCCUCUUCACUAGCCGAAAAGGAGUACGUUAGAUCACUCGAUCUUUCAGCAAAUGACUUGGAAACCAUUGAUCUAAUAACUAAAAAGUCCACUUUAAUGAGUCACUUGGAACGUCUUGAAAAAUUAGAGCUACAACAAAACUCAUUGGCUGUAUUUCCAAAAUCACUCUGUGAUGCCUUGAAAUCAUUGACAUAUCUGGAUCUUCGAAGCAACAACUUCAACUCUUUUCCUUCCUGUGUAAUGGAGAUAAAUUCCCUUACAUUCCUUGACAUCUCAAGGAAUGAAAUAGGGCCAUCUCUGGACUUGAACAUAACCGCAGCAUGUAGAAGUUUAAAACACCUGAAUCUCUCGUACAACCAGCUGAAAUAUUUUCCAGACAUCAUUGGGAAUGUUGCAGUGAAACUUGAAGAGUUAAUCUUGGAAGGAAAUUACAUAUCUGAAAUUUUAACACCGCUUUGCUUGCCAGAAUUAAGGACCCUUAAUUUGAAUAAAAAUUCAAUUUCAUCACUUACGCCUGAUUUUCUGAAAGGCUGUGUAAAGCUGGAGACAUUUUGUGCCAUAACAAACAAACUUGACAUGUCUCCUUACUUGCCCUUUAAAAUAACAGCUGUAAAAUUGUCUCAUAAUAAAUAUACAAGUAUUCCUGAAGACAUUCUUCAGCUUCCUCUAUUACGGGCCAUUGAUUUGAGCAACAAUCAAAUCGAGAAUUUACCUGGUCCUUUGAAGUGGGCUUCUUUAAAUUUGCGAGAGAUUGUCUUGAACCACAAUGGAAUUAGCAUUUUGGAUCUUGGUAAAGAUGCAUGCAGAUGGUCACGACUUGAAAAAUUGCAACUAUCAUCGAAUAAACUGAAAGAGAUUCCACCUGAAAUUGGCUGUCUUGAAAAUAUGACCUCCUUUGACAUCAGUUAUAAUGUUGACAUUAGAACGUUCCCUGAUGAAAUGGGAAAACUUACAAAAGUCUGGGACCUACCACUUGAAGGUCUUCAUCUAGACAUUGAUUUAAAGCAUACCGGCAGCAAAGCUAGAGACUUAAUACGAUUUCUUCAGCAGCGUUUGAAAAAGGCUGUUCCUUAUUAUCGGAUGAAGCUUCUUAUCAUGGGAAACUCUGGAAGUGGAAAAACUACUCUUGUUAGGCAGCUUAUGAAAAGUGGCCAUCCAAAUGAGGGACUGGAAAAAUCCACAGUUGGCAUAGAUGUAAAGGAUUGGCACAUCAUUAUUAGAAACAAAGGGAGGAGAGAAAUUGUUCUAAAUGUGUGGGACUUUUCAGGACAGGAGGAGUUCUACAGCACGCACCCUCACUUUAUGACUCCGCGAGCAUUGUAUAUUGUCGUUUAUGAUCUCAGUAAAGGAGAAUCAGAAAUUGAUGCUAUAAAGCCAUGGCUUUUCAACAUAAAGGCUCGUGCAUCCUCUUCACCUGUGAUUCUUGUUGGAACACAUCUCGAUGAUUCUGAUAUAAAACAACAGAAAACCUGCUUCAGUAAAAUAAGCAAAGAACUUUGUAAUCAGCAUGAAAUGCCUAUUAUUAAAGAAUAUCACUUUGUGAAUGCUACUGAAGAAUCUGAUUCUUUGAACAAGUUAAAGAAAUCUAUAAUAAACGAGUGCUUAAAUUUCAAGAUCAGAGAUCAGCCAGUUCUUGGACAGCUAAUUCCAGACAGUUACCUGGAACUUGAGAAACAAAUUUUAGCUGAGCGCAGAAACGUUCCUGUUGAAUUUCCAGUUAUCUACCACAAGAGAAUGCUAGAAAUUGUAGAAGAAAGCCAGUUACAUUUGGAUGAACAUGAACUACCACAUGCAGUGCAUUUUCUAAAUGAAUCUGGGGUAUUACUGCAUUUUGAGGAUCCAGCUCUACAACUGCGUGAUCUUUAUUUUGUGGAUCCCCAGUGGCUCUGUAAAAUUAUGGCACAGAUUUUGAGAAUGAAAGGUGAUGGUUGUCAUCAGCAUUCUAAAGGGAUUAUCCGUUGUGUAGAUGUGGAGAAAUUUCUUUUAAAGAAAAGGUUUCCUAAAAAUUACACUUCUCAAUAUUUCAAGCUCCUGGAAAAGUUUCAAAUAGCUCUGCCUUUGGGUGAUGAUCAACUUCUCAUUCCAAGCAGUUUGCCAGAUCAUCACCCAGUCAUUGAACUGCCACACUGUGAAAAUUCAGAAGUUAUUAUACGAUUGUAUGAAAUGUCAUAUUUUCCUAUGGGCUUCUGGUCAAGACUCAUUACCAGGCUAUUGGAAGUGUCACGUUAUAUGCUUUCUGGAAGAGAACGAGAGCUACGUCCAUAUAGGAUAUAUUGGAGGCAGGGUAUCUUCUUGAGCUGGUCCCCAGAAGCUUACACUUUAGUGGAGUCGACAAGUGUACAAGGCAAUCCAAAUAGCUUUUUGAGAGUGACUGUUCCAUCCUGCCGAAAAGGUUGCAUUUUACUGGGGCAAGUUGUGGACCAUAUAGAUUCUCUAAUGGAAGAGUGGUUUCCAGGUUUAUUGGAAACUGAUAUUUGUGGAGAAAGUGAAACACUGUUAAAAAAAUGGGUGUUGUAUAGCUUUGAUGAUGGCCAAGAACACAAAAAAAUAUUACUUUCAGAUUUACUAGUGAAAGCUGAAGAAGGAGACUUGAUGGUAAACCCUGAUGACCACAGAUCAACUAUUCCAAUCUCUCAGAUCGCUCCUGACCUUGUGCUUGCGGAUUUACCAAGAAAUAUUAUGCUGACGAAUGAGGAGUUGGAGUUUGACCAGGCUCCUGAGUUUUUAUUAGGUGAUGGGGGUUUUGGAUCGGUUUAUAGAGCUCUAUACAAAGGAAAAGAUGUAGCAGUGAAAAUCUUCAACAAACAUACUUCUCCACGGCUCUUGAGACAGGAACUUACAGUACUUAGUCACCUGCAUCAUCCCAGCUUAGUACAUUUAUUGGCAGCUGGAGUUCGCCCAAGAAUGUUGGUGAUGGAACUCGCCCCCAAAGGCUCUCUUGAUCGCCUGCUUCAACAAGACAGUGCUAGUCUUACUCGAACUCUUCAACACAGGAUAGCACUACAUGUGGCUGAUGGAUUGAGAUAUCUUCACUCAGCUAUGAUCAUUUACCGGGAUUUAAAGCCCCACAAUGUCCUACUGUUUACUUUGUAUCCUAAUUCAGCAGUCAUUGCUAAGAUUGCAGACUAUGGCAUUGCACAGUACUGUUGUCGAAUGGGUAUCAAAACACCAGAGGGCACUCCAGGUUUUCGUGCACCAGAGGUUGCAAAAGGAAAUGUUAUUUACAACCAGCAAGCUGAUGUUUACUCCUUUGGGUUGUUAUUGUAUGACAUUCUCACGGCUGGAGCCAGAAUGGUUGAAGGCAUUAAAUUUCCCAAUGAGUUUGAUGAGUUGGCCAUCCAAGGAAAAUUACCAGAUCCAGUGAAAGAAUAUAAUUGUGCUGCAUGGCCGGAAGUUGAAGUAUUAAUUAAAAAAUGUUUGAAAGAAAACCCCCAGGAACGUCCUACUUCUGCCAAGGUUUAUGAAAUCUUAAACUCAGCAGAACUCCUUUGCUUGAUGAGAAACCUUAUAAUACCAAGCACUUUGACCGCUGAAUGCAUGAUGGCUGUGGUGACUUGUCUUAAGAAACAUACGGUCUGGGUAGGGAGUGGUGGUACGGACAGAGGUCAAAUCUCCUGCCUCAACUUAAUCAAAGGAGGACAUACAUGUGAGGAUGUUUCAGAUAGCCGAAUUUUGUGUCUUACUCUUGUGACUUUACCUGGUGCAAAGGAACAGUGGAUCUUGGCAGGGACACAGUCAGGUGAAAUACUAGCUGCCAAUACUGAAGAUCUGAAAAAGAAGCAUUGCAUUAUAAAAAUGCCUGAUUCUGUCACUUGUUUACUCUACACUUAUUUUUCAAGGCAGAGUCAAAAGACGUAUUUUGUUCUAGUAGGGACAGCAAAUGGCAGCAUUGCAGUUUUUGACGAAUCAGCAGUACAGUCUACAGAUGCAACUCCUCUCAAGCUUCUUAAUGUUGGUGAUAAGAGUACUCCUGUAAUGAAUUUAUGUGAAUCCACAUAUUCAUCUGAGAAGAAUUCUAUUUGGGGCAUCUGUGGAACAAAAAUCAUAUCAAUAUCAAGUGACUUUUCUAUUCAAAAGACUAUUGAUACAAAAGCUACAGUAUAUUCACAUGGAUCCUCUGUUAGUUUGGGAAGUGACCAAAAUAUAACAUGCAUUGCAGUUGAUAAAUACAUAUAUGCUGCAAAGAAAUAUAGCCCCUUUGUGGAAAUUUGGGAUAAGAAGACAGAAAAGAUAUGUGAAAUACUUGACUGUGCCCACUAUCUAAAAGAAGAUAUUAAGAAGCGCAGGAAACUAUACCAAGAACAUGUCUACACUUCACGAGUGAAAGCUUUAUUUUUGCAGAAAAAUACUGCUCUUUGGGUUGGGACAGGGGGAGGUCAAAUUCUGCUAAUUGAUUUAUCAACUCGACGACCAAUCCAUAUCAUACAUAGUUUCUGUGACUCUAUCCGAUGUAUGGGACCAGCACAAAUAGACAAAGGAAGCCUAAAAAACAUAGUGCUUGUUUUGGGAUAUCGCUGCUCACCUCGAAAAGAAAUACAGUCAUUUCUUUCUGUGUGGGAUACUAAUCUUCCACAUGAAGUUCAAAAUCUUAAAAAACACAAUGAAUUAAGAAAAGAGGAGGCAGACCGACUUCAAGGAUUGUCAUUGGAUUAAUAAAAAUCUUGGGUAAGUUCUUAUCUUGAAGUUGUACAGUGGAUGUAUAUAACAAGUGAUUUAUAGUAUGCUAAAAUUAUCAAAGCAAAUUGUGCUUAACAAUAUGAUACUCUAAGGACUAAGC